AUGUUUUCUGGUGGGCGUCAUGGAGAAUGGCACGGCGGAGGGAUCCCCAUCCCUUCGCUAGACGCUACAUCUCCAUACAACCCACCUAAUGAUCUGCGGCGCUCUCCAGGGCAAGAACAGCAGCCUCCUCUCUCUGCGCGUUCACCCCGCGAGCAGCCUGUACAGCUUGGAGGGUACGACUACGGUACACCGGCAGGGUAUCCUAGCCCUCCGUAUCCAGCACCUUACCCUCCCUAUCCCUACCCCUACCAGCCCCAAACACCCUACGGAUACCCACCCUACCUCUCCCCAAAUGGGUAUUGGCCUCCCCCUCCCCCUCCGGGUGCCAUGCCCCAGACACCAUAUACACCAGGUCACCCGGCACCGACGUUGUAUCCACCGCAACCUGGGUAUGUGGGAGGAUCAAGGAGAGCACCGAGGGAUAAGAACAUGUCCGAGGAUUAUCAGCUUGAUCGGAGUGAGAAGUUCAGCCGACCUGCAGAGUUUCGAGCUCCGAGCCUAAGCCUCGCAGAAAUCGGGUUCCUCCGACCCAAAGGUGUAGAUAUCAACCCCCUCCUUUCCAUCACCUCAGACUCCAAGCCUGUGCCUGCGCUUAAUUGGAAUCUCGCCUUCCCUCCGUCGACUGCAAAGAAGUCGGGAGAGAAUACGGAUCGCGCUUUGGGCAUGGACGAGAGGCAGUGCCCAGCGACAUGGCCCGCCAUCAAGCAGAUGACGAUUGUGCUGGAUGACCCGACUCUCUCGAGGUGGGAGAUCCUAGUGGUAGGGAAUAGGGGAGGAUGUGUCACCGUUGGAGAUGUCCUCACAGGUGUUCAUUCUGGAUUGCAGGCAAUGAUCCACCCGUCUGAGUGGGAAGCAAUCACCGGCAGCACCUCCACCCAUGUACGGCAGUACUGGAAACGCAUCGUCUCUUGGGCGAACUUCAACCGGUCCACCGACCCUCGGGCGCCAGGUGGGCACAUGGCAAAUAGUAUGCAAAGGAUCGAUUUUCUCUGUGCGAACACGAUUUGGGGAGGGAUCAAAGUUGAGGAGACGCAGAGCCGAGGGCUUGCAAAACAUGUACAGAGCGGGUACUGGAUCUUCAAGCUUGAGCUGAUGACGAACGACAUUGGUGAAGGGACGAUGCCACCUCCUGGACGAGGCACGGCAUGA